AUGCACAGGAGAACAAACCAUAGGUGGACAAAUCAAUGGAGGAACAGCACUGGAGGACAAAGCAGUGGAAGACAAAGCAGUGAAAGACAAAGCAGUGGAAGACAAAGCAGUGGAAGACAAAGCAGUGGAGGACAAGGCAGUGGAGGACAAGGCAGUGGAGGACAAGGCAGUGGAGGACAAGGCAGUGGAGGACAAGGCAGUGGAGGACAAGGCAGUGGAGGACAAGGCAGUGGAGGACAAGGCAGUGGAGAACAAGGCAGUGGAGAACAAGGCAGUGGAGAACAAGGCAGUGGAGAACAAGGCAGUGGAGAACAAGGCAGUGGAGAACAAGGCAGUGGAGAACAAGGCAGUGGAGAACAAGGCAGUGGAGAACAAGGCAGUGGAGGACAGGGCAGUGGAGGACAGGGCAGUGGAGAACAAGGCAGUGGAGAACAAGGCAGUGGAGAACAAGGCAGUGGAGAACAAGGCAGUGGAGGACAAGGCAGUGGAGGACAGGGCAAUGAAGGACAGGGCAAUGAAGGACAAGACAGUGGAGGACAAGGCAAAAGACAAAUCACAGGAGGGCAAAGCAGUGGAGAACAAGGCAGUGGAGAACAAGGCAGUGGAGAACAAGGCAGUGGAGGACAAGGCAGUGGAGGACAGGGCAGAGGAGGACAGGGCAGUGGAGAACAAGGCAGUGGAGAACAAGGCAGUGGAGAACAAGGCAGUGGAGGACAAGGCAGUGGAGGACAAGGCAGUGGAGGACAAGGCAGUGGAGGACAAGGCAGUGGAGGACAAGGCAGUGGAGGACAAGGCAGUGGAGGACAAGGCAGUGGAGAACAAGGCAGUGGAGGACAAGGCAAAAGACAAAUCACAGGAGGGCAAAGCAGUGGAGAACAAGGCUGUGGAGAACAAGGCAGUGGAGAACAAGGCAGUGGAGAACAAGGCAGUGGAGGACAAGGCAAAAGACAAAUCACAGGAGUACAAGGCAGUGGAGUACAAGGCAGUGGAGUACAAGGCAGUGGAGAACAAGGCAGUGGAGAACAAGGCAGUGGAGAACAAGGCUGUGGAGAACAAGGCUGUGGAGAACAAGGCUGUGGAGGACAAGGCAGUGAAGGAUCUGUACAGAAAGAUCAGCAAAAAAAUAAAGACAAAUCACAGGAGUACAAGGCAGUGGAGAACAAGGCUGUGGAGAACAAGGCAGUGAAGGAUCUGUACAGAAAGAUCAGCAAAAAAAUACAAAUCACAGGAGGGCAAAGCAGUGGAGAACAAGGCUGUGGAGAACAAGGCUGUGGAGAACAAGGCUGUGGAGAACAAGGCAGUGGAGGACAAGGCAGUAAAGGAUCUGUACAGAAAGAUCAGCAAAAAAAUAAAGACAAAUCACAGGAGGGCAAAGCAGUGGAGUACAAGGCAGUGGAGGAUCAACACAGGAUAUCAAGUAAGUUUUACAAAAAUCUUCUUUAG